CCAAGUGGGGAUGUGUAAUAAGGAGGAGAAGCGUUGCUAAUUUUUUUUGUUUGUUUGCUUUUCCAUGCAUGCAUAAUGAGGCCGGAUCAGAACACGCUGCUGCUGCCGCUGCCGCCGCUGCGCGGAGGGCACUUUUGUAUUUAAAGCCUCGCGAAAGAAAACAGCUCCUCCAAAGGGUCGGGAAAGAGAGGAGGCAACGGCGGAUCGCUGGAAUCGGCGCCGAGGGAAGAGCUCGGGACCCGCGGUGAGUCCGGCUGCCUCCCCUUGCUCCCAACAGCGGAAGAGUCUGCGAGGCUCGGCGCGCCUCCGGAGCCCGGCCGGGGCUCGGGGGAAAGUUCAGCGCGGCCGCCUCGGCAUGUGAAGAGCGAGAGAUGCGCUGAGUUCCAAGAAAGAAGAUCGGCAUGAGAAGGAGGGAAGCCGCCGCCGCCGCUCCGACUCAGCAGGGAGCCCAUCACCCCGCAGCUCCAGGCUUCUUUCGCCGCCUCCCGGCCUCCCCAUCCCGGGAGUAAGGGGCGGAGGCUGUCGGGCUGCAAAAGGGAAAAAAAGGCGCCGCUUUCCGGGGAUUUUCUGAAAAACCGUUCCCGAAGGAAGAUUCCCAGGCCUCGGACGGGCGCCGGGCGGAUGGAUUGAUGAGGAAGAGCCCCAUGCGCACCCUCGGCACAACUUCCCCAAACUUUUCUACUCUCGGCAGCCGCUGGGCCGCCGCCGCCGCUCCCCCCGCGCUCUGCCCGCUCGCUUCCCGACCACGAUUGCCCUGCGGCCGCCCGCGAUGGUGGCAGCCUGGCGGGGAGGAGGACGAUGCCUACGGACCGCGCUGCUCCCGCGACUGGCCGCCUUGGGGCUGAGGCUGCUGGUGCUGGUGCUGCUGGGCGCCGCCUCGCCUCCGUCGGGGGUUCACGGCCGGCGCCUGAUCUGCUGGCAGGCGAUGCUGCAGUGCCAGGAAGAGCCGGACUGUGGCUACGCUUACAGCCAGUACGCCGAGGCGUGCGCGCCGGUGCUCAUGGCCGAGGGGGACGGCUUUGCCGCCUCUGCGGCGGCGUCCUCCUCCUCCAAUAGGCGGCGGUGCCCGAGCCAUUGCAUUUCGGCGCUCAUCCAGCUCAACCACACCAGGCGGGGCCCGGCGCUGGAGGACUGCGACUGCGACCAGGACGAGAAGUGCCGCGCCACCAAGCGCGCUAUCGAGCCGUGCUUGCCUCGGACGAGCGGCGGAGGUGGCGUGGGGGGAGCGGGCGGCGGCGUGAUCGGCUGCACGGAGGCGCGGCGGCGCUGCGACUGGGACAGCCGGUGCAGCGUGGCUCUCAGCCGCUAUAUGGCGUUCUGCGGCAAGCUCUUCAACGGCCUCCACUGCACCCAGGAGUGCCAGGCCGUCAUCAAGGACAUGCUGGACGUGCCUAAGGCGCAGCUUCUCAACGACUGCGUGUGCGACGGGCUGGAGCGGCCCAUCUGCGAGUCGGUCAAGGAGAACAUGGCUCGCCUGUGCUUCGGGGCCGAGGCGCCGGGGCCCGGCAGCAGCGGCGCCUCGGACGGCAUCUCCUACGACUACGACGAAGAGGACUACGAGGAGGAGCCCAGCCAGCCCACCAGAAAUUACUUCGACGACAUGGCCGCAGUUGCGGGCGGCGAAGCGCCUUUCCCAAGGAAGCCCGGGGACGGCGGGACGGCCCCUGCGGCCGCUUGGACGCUGCUCUCGCUCGCCUCCAUUUUGCUGCUGUUGCUGUUCUCUUAGCCUAGCCUUGGGAGGAGAGGCUCUUGAGGGGGGCCUUGGCCGAGCUGAGAGGGAGGAAAGGCGUGUGGGUUUCUACUUGUCCCGCGUGAGGGUUUCUACUAGCUGGGCGAGGGUCUCUGAGAGCUUCCCCGGGUCUCUUCUCUCACAGGAUGGCAGAAUAUCUCUCGAGGAACAUGGUACCUUAGGAAGAGGAAUCCCCCAAAACAGGCCAGUAUCCUUGAGCAUCUUGCCUGGGCUUCCUAGUUUCCUUGGUGGAGAGAAGCUGGAAAUUGGAAGACCUCCUAGUUGGCCAGUCCCCUUGGCCGGGAUUUGGUUUCCUGUGUGCUCCUAGCUGUGUAAAGAAUUUUCCUCUCACAACAGGCAUUUUCUCUCCUCGCUUCUCUCUUAAAAAUGAUGCCUGAACGGGAUGCUUCUGUUGUAUUAAAUUCUCUUUUUAAUUUAAAGAAAGGGAGUCUAGUACAAUUAAAAAGCUGUGGAGUUUGUUACUGGAGCCUUCCUUUAUUGACACUUUUAUUUUAGGAGGGUUUCCAGUUGAUGUUCAAAAUGAAUAUGCUUUGGAAUUCACCUGUAGGUUUUACAUAUAUUGCACAUUAGUUAUUUUACCAGAUCGUAAGAAAUGUCUUGACUAUGCAUGUCAGGAGUGUAGAUUGUGCAGUGUUUAUUUUGCCGUGUGCACAGACAUCACCACUUGCAGCUGCCUGAUUACAUACAGCUGAACUUUUUCUAAAUCCUGUAUGCAUUCAGCUAGGAAAUAUACAGUAUGCAUGACAUUCCUGUACAUGUGCACUAUGCAAACUUGCCAUUUGGCAAAUGAUUUUAAGAACACUAAACAGAUUGUCUCAUGGUUACAGUCAACUUGAAAACAAUAAAUGUACCAAUGACAAUUUUUUUUCCAAGCUGUCCUCAAUGAAGUUGGGAAGAUUUCCCUGCAAUGCUUCCAAAAGUGCUGCUUUGCAUAACCAUUCAACAAGUGACUCCUACCAUCCAGUUAACAUCCACAGAAUUCAUAAUUAUGCUUGACUGAAGAUGCAGUUUUGAUUCUUUUUAAUUGGGUAGGUGUGCAGGUGUAGAGGGAAGAGGUUUCAGAGUUAUUUCGAAGAUUCAUAUAUAAUAAGUUUAGGACUUUUUUUGCAGAAUGAAGUAUAAUACUGGCAUGUAUUGGUUAUCUGUGAUGAUUGCACAUACUUCAGUUUUACUUUCUUGAUGCAUAACUUUGGAAGCUUUAAUUAAAUUUCCUACAUCCCUGUGAUGAUACACAAGUUCAUUCUAGAUGUCUGGGAUGAUAUGUAAGUUCAUUGUUUUUCCUACUGUAAAGGUUUCUUUUUCUGUUCAGGUUUUGCAUCACUUAAAAUUGCAAUACAUAAGUUCACCAGCAAACCUCUCUUGCCUCAGCCUAGGAGAAAAAAAAUGCUGAACUGUUGGCUGUUGAACAAUGCAACCUUUGUCUCUAAGAGCUCUGCACUGCCAUCUUCAAAAAAACAAACAAACACUUUUUAAACUCAAUAUAUAAAAAUAUCCUGAGAAGUUAUAUUGCCCCUAAUCCUGUCAUGGGGCUGACCUCUGGUAAAUUUUAUAUAAAAUGUAUUUAAAACUGGUUUUGUUACCAGCUGUUGUUACUUGUACAUAGAAUUUUAUAAAUUGUAUACUUUGGGAAUAAUUUAUUUUUUAAGAAAUUAAAAGUUUUAAAUGUACCCCAUCUGCAAAAAAAUAAUACAUCUGUUAUUCUUUUAUUGCAAAGAGGCAGAUAUAGUUUUGUAUGUUAAGGAAUACAAACAACAAUAAUUCCCUAAAUGAAACAAUGUACAGAGCUUUUUCAAAUAGGUCUGAAUUUAAAUUUUGUAUUGUUUGAGGGAUUUAUGAACUUUGUAGAAUUGUAUACAUGUUUCUCUGGACUUCCUUAAACAUUGUAUUUUUAUAGAAUGUGUGAAAAGGCCCUAUGUUUAAAUAUCUAUUGAUUGUGUAUUUUUAUGUGUAAAUUAGUAAAGAGAGAUUUUUAAAGA